AUGAACCAAGCCAGACCCUACAUCGGCUGCAAGAUAGCGCUCAUCUCCAAGGCCCAGAACCGAUAUGUGGGCAUUCUGUACACCGUCGACGUCCUCAGCUCCACGGUGGUGCUGGCCAAAGUGAAGUGUUUUGGGACGGAGGGGCGCCUCACGGACAGACCCACGCUGCGCAGAGACGAUGUAUACGAAUUCAUCACAUUCAGAGGAAGCGAUAUCUCUGACAUCAGCCUGUGUGAGCCCUCCCCGACCAUAUAUGGGUUUCCUCCAGACCCUGCCAUUCUGCUGUCCUCCCCUGCGUGUGUGCCGGACGCUCACGCCACCCUGAAUCUUGGAGCAGUGAAAGUUCCAAUUUACCACAAACCAGCUCCGCCGCUUCACAAUGAGCAUUAUGCAGCCGCUCUGGGCAUAGGUGCACCUCUGAAGCGUCCCGUGGUGGAAAAGGGCGUCCAAACUAUCGGCAGUGAGAGAAACAAACGUAUAUUACUGGGCUCCGAUGAGGAGUGGGAGCAGAGUGCCUCUCCGGCCAGAGCCUCGUACAGACACCCCCAGAUCAGGCAGCCGGUCAGACCUCCAUCAAGACCCCUGCGAGACAGAGAGCCCCCUCGCCCCCGGCCUCCUCCCAUCAACAUUAGGGGAGGUCCGCGCUUCCCUCCAUCUCGACCGGAGCGUCCGUACCGGCAGAACUUGGAGAACGUCCCUCCGAGGAUGAGGCAAGGUUCUUGGAGAGGCAGUAACCGUCGCUCUGAUGGGCCGCUGAGGUUUGACGCAGACUUUGAUUUUGAUUUGUCAAAUGCACAGUUUUUCAAGGACCACGAUAACAAAGAAGUGCGUGAAGUCAUAAUGGAGGAGCCCAUCGACUCGCCCUUUGAUCCUUUUGGGCCAAAGUGUGUCUAUAACAAAGCCAAGUCUUUCUACGACAACAUGUCCUCUCCCUCUGAGCAGAGAUUAAGGUCGUCAUGGGCAGAGGAACGCCAGCGCAACAUGGAGACAUUCGGGACGUCCGGCUGGCCCCCGAGGAGCCCAGGCUUAAGGGGAGUCCUCGGUGACGUGACGCCUCCUUCCUCCUGCGUGAUGGGGAUGAACUCUGAGCAGCGCUGGAAGACUUCGCCCUGGAUCAUGCACUAG